GCCGGGAUGUACAGCCACUGUCAAAAUGUCGGAGUUUAUGGAUCGGCUUCCGAGAUAUUUAUAAUUCGCUUGCAUGUCUCGCGAAAACUUAGUCUUGGCCGCUGAACCCGCAAGAUGUUCAAGCUUGUAGUUAGUGCAGCAGCUUUGUUCACCUUUCCAUACUGUGAUGCAGCUCCAUAUAUCUUUACAAUUGCUGUGCCACCUGCGCAGCCAAUUUGCGGCGACCCAUUCUUGUUGUGCGGUAGGCGCUGCGUGUGUGUCUGACAAAUGUACUUGUCCUAGUCCCACAAAAGGCAUCGGAAAUUUCCACUGCGCUUUACCAUCUCAGCCAUUUUGCGCCAUUUUUAACGACCCGAUGGUGCGAGAUUUUGCGGGCGGUCACGUGUUGGUGCCACUUCCGGUGAAGUUUUUGGUUGCACACAUCGCAAAUCCAAUUUGUGUUGAGACGACGCCGGGGACUUUCCAACAGAAGGAUGGGAUGUGCGAGGUCCAUGUGUACGCCUGGGGCGGGAGGCAACUCGGCAAGACUUUCGUCAAAGGGGUCGAGGUCAAAGUGUUUGUGUCUAUAAACGCCACGACCUCGUACUUUCACUCGACACGCAUCCAAGGAGAAGCUCGGAAUUGGUCUUACACGUUCACAGAAGAAGGAAGCUCAUCUAUGAACCCGUCCAGCGACUACUCCGACCGUCUCGUCACAAUACUACCUGGCUAUGGCGAGAUUAAGACGGUGUAUGACGAGAAAUGGGACAACUUUGUUCAACUGGUCAUCGGCACAUGCGGCGUCACCGUGGGCUUCAGACCUGUAGAGCUAGACAACGACCCCUUGCUCUACCCAGCGGGAAUGUACGUGUCCGUUGUUGAUGACUGUGACCCACAGUUUCUGUCAGUGGAGAAUUCGCUGUGCGCCCCUCGGGAUGGUCCAUCACUGGAAGAGCAGACCGACACGUUUUUCGCACAGUACGGGGAGAGUAUUAGCAAGGAGGUCUUGGCGUUUUACAAAGUUGUUACAGGGGACGUAAUGCAGGAUUACCCCGGCUACCCAACAAUAAUCAAUCAGCUGCAUGAAGUGGCCCAUGAAUGUGAUCCAGUCAAUAGGAUCAUCAGUGCCUUGGAGUACUGCAUGUUCAUCAUAGACUCGCCCAACUUCUUCCGUUGCUUCGAUUCAUCUACCGAUGCCUCGGUGAUGCUGGAAACACUGGAGACUUGCAUAUUUGCUUUCUGUAGCCAUAGUACACCUCUGUGUAACGAUGUCAAAUCCAGGGUGAUCAACUCACGGUGUGCAGUGCCUACAACACUGACCAUACUGGACAAAAACUGUAACAUUUGGAUAUAGACUGCCUGUAACAUUUGGAUAUAGACUGCCUGUAACAUUUGGAUAUAGACUGCCUGUAACAUUUGGAUAUAGACUGCCUGUAACAUUUGGAUAUAGACUGCCUGUAACAUUUGGAUAUAGACUGCCUGUAACAUUUGGAUAUAGGCUGCCUGUAACAUUUGGAUAUAGGCUGCCUGUAACAUUUGGAUAUAGACUGCCUGUAACAUUUGGAUAUAGACUGCCUGUAACAUUUGGAUAUAGGCUGCCUGUAACAUUUGGAUAUAGGCUGCCUGUAACAUUUGGAUAUAGACUGUCUGUAACAUUUGGAUAUAGACUGUCUGUAACAUUUGGAUAUAGACUGCAUAUAACAUAUGGAUAUAGACUGCCUGUAACAUUUGGAUAUAGUCUGCCUGUAACAUUUGGAUAUAGGCUGCCUGUAACAUUUGGAUAUAGACUGUCUGUAACAUUUGGAUAUAGACUGUCUGUAACAUUUGGAUAUAGACUGCCUGUAACAUUUGGAUAUAGGCUGCCUGUAACAUUUGGAUAUAGGCUGCCUGUAACAUUUGGAUAUAGACUGCCUGUAACAUUUGGAUAUAGACUGUCUGUAACAUUUGGAUAUAGACUGCCUGUAACAUUUGGAUAUAGGCUGCCUGUAAAAUUUGGAUAUAGGCUGCCUGUAACAUUUGGAUAUAGACUGCCUAUAACAUUUGGAUAUAGGCUGCCUGUAACAUAUGGAUACAGACUGCCUAUAACAUUUGGAUAUAGGCUGCCUGUAACAUAUGGAUACAGACUGCCUAUAACAUAUGGAUACAGACUGCCUGUAACAUUUGGAUAUAGACUGCUCCUGAAUCUUUAAGCUAAACUCUGAACUCAUUUUCAUUGUAUGGCCCUAGGUCUUCUAUGUGAAUACUAAUCUACACAACUGACAGUACAAUUUUAAAAUUUAGAAAAUAAAAAAAAAUUCUGGUCUGAAGACAAAUAUAAUUACCCGCUUCCCCAUUUACUACCAAUGAGCCAUUUAAUUUAAAUAAAUUAUUUCUAAUUAUUAUUUACAGCACUCUUUUAUUAUUCAUGUACAAGCUCUAAUGAAUAAAGCACUAUAAAAUUAAU